UUAACACACACCCACACACGCUCACACACACACGCUCUCCCCCCCUUUCUCUCCACUUCUCACUUCCUCCCCUCCCCGCCGGGGCUUCCUCACCCCACGCGCCUCGACCGGAUAGCUGGAGAGAGCGGCGAUCAUGAGCGAGCUCAGCAACAUCCGGGAGGACCUCCCGACGUCCAUGACCAUGGCCGCCUUCGCGGGCAUCUCGUGGUACGUCGGGAUCGAGAUCAACAUCUCGCUCUUCAUGCUGUUCAAGCGCUGGAGCGGCCUGUACUUCUGGUCGUGCGCGCUGGGCUCCUGGGGCGUGAUCCUGCAGCCGCUGUUCAUCGUGCUCGCGGACUUCGGCAUCUGGUCGAAUCUCAGUGCGUCGAUAAGCAUGAUCUACCUGACCUGGCUCAUCAUGGUGGUACCGCAGAGCUGGGUCCUGUACUCGCGCCUACACCUCAUCAUGCACGGAGAGAAGAUGUUGAGGUGGAUUAUGGUGGUCUUGAUAUUUAAUUCGAUCGUCUUCUCCGUGCCCACUAUUGUCAUCGGGACACUGGCUCAAGCCACCACCAUAAACCCGAGCUUACCUCACGUCAAUUUGAUCUGGGACCGCGUCCAACUCGUCGUCUUCUUCGCCCAAGAGCUGAGCCUCAGUCUUCUGUAUAUCUACCAGACCCGCAAAUACCUGCGCGACUCCUCGGUGCUCUUCAAGUUCUCCGUCUUCGCGUCCCCCGCGUCCACGGACGCGACGUCGGAGGAGGAAAGGGUCCUCUGCCACCUCAUCUACGCGAACAUACUUAUCAUCGCAUUAGACAUCAGCCUCCUGGUCAUCGCCCUGCUGGGCGUCCAAUACGCCAACCUAUUCUACAUCCAGGGGGCGUUCAAGCCGUGCGUGUACGGCAUCAAGCUGAAGAUCGAGUUCGUGAUCCUGAACAGCCUCAUCAAGAGCCUGCGCGCGCACGGCAGCGGCACCUACGGCCAGUCCUGGUCGCAGCAGCGCCAGUGGCGGCGCAUGGGCCACACCGAGAGCAGCGGGAACGAAACCGGGCCCCAGCCAAGCGGCGGCACCGGAGUCCACCUAGACCGCAUGCGAAGGGGGUCAGACCAGACGAGAUUCGACCCAGAUCGGUGGUAUUGAGGUUUUUUUUUUCUUUUGUGGACGGAUACCCAGUACGAAAAAAAAGGGGGAAGGGAAAAGCG